UGAUCGACCGAGGCUCAUAAGCCUGACAUCGAGAGCGCAACGAUAGGACGAGAUUGCUAAGUUGGCUCUCAUACCCGUCAACCUUCGCGGCGGCUUAUCAAUCAACCUGAUUGCCGCCACGUCAUGAUGUUUUCAAAAGUCAGUCUCGUUCGCAUUCAUUCAUUACUUGCUACUCAUCCUCACGCCGUACAAGCCGCCUGAACUACUUCUAAACUGUCAGAAUGCCCGCCAAGAAUGAUAUAAAUAAAGUCGGAGUGGAGUCGUCUGAUUUCCCGAUAUUAUGCGAGACUUGCCUUGGCCCAAACCCAUACGUCCGGAUGAGCAAGCAGGAGUACGGAAGUGAAUGCAAGAUUUGCAACCGCCCCUUCACAGUUUUCCGCUGGAAUCCGGGUCAAGGUGCCCGUUACAAGAAGACAGAGGUGUGCACAACUUGCGCAAAGAUAAAAGGGGUGUGUCAGACUUGUCUCUUGGAUCUCGAAUUUGGCUUGCCGGUUCAAGUGAGAGAUGCAGCGUUAGGGCGGAAGAAUCAGGCUCCAACGUCUGAUAUCAACAAACAAUACUACAUCCAGAACCUUGAGGCGCAGAUGGAGGACUCACCGGACGGCAUGGCAUACGACUCGCAGGUCGCCAAUCGCGCUGGACGGGAAAUGCUCAAGAAUCUUGCACGAUCCGAUCCAUUCUAUAAGCGGAAUAGGCCUCAUAUAUGCAGUUUCUUCGUGAAGGGAGAGUGCAAACGAGGAGCCGAGUGCCCAUUCAGACACGAGUUGCCGGAAGAGAACGGCUUGCAGAACCAGAACAUGCAAGACAGAUAUUACGGACGGAACGAUCCUGUGGCGAAGAAGAUGUUGCGACAGGAUGCAGAGAACAAGGGAAUGAAGGCGCCAGAGGACGAGACUGUCACGACACUGCUGUUCCUUGGUUUACCGGAAACUACGGAGACAGAUGUCCGGUCAGCGCUGGUGUUCUCCUGUCCUUUUGUCAAACCGGUAGAGCUGAAAAGUCUGACAAUUGUCGAGGCGAGCCAUUGCGCCUUUGUCAAUUUCAAGACACGCGAUUUAGCCGAACGGACAGCAGAGGCAUUAUCAGCGCAGGGGGGCAUAGAGGUCCAGGGCAAGCGGUGCAAGGUGGUAUGGGGUCGAAGCAGGCCAGCAAAAGGCAAGAAACCAGAGUCGAUCGAGCCAUCGGCCACAGCGACAGCCUAGAGUAGACUCGUCAUGUAACAAUCAUUGUAAAAUUACAUGUUCAUACCAUUCUUCCAGCAGGUUGGCCCCAAUCAGGCCACUUUGUCUCCUCCUUAUUUCUCUCGUCCGCUAUUGAUUGUAGAACCUGUGACCCCCAGCGAGCUUGCCGCCUCUGUGCCAGCUUCUCCGCAGUCUCUGCUCGCAUCUUUGCCAUUUCUUCCUGCAACUCUUCAUGCGUCCGUGGUGGUUUCUGAGGGGGUCAGGCUAGGCGAUAACCUUUGCCGCUCACCUUGGCAUCCGUCACUGGUGGGUAAAAGAUAUCCCUGAGCUAACAAGGUUAGGACACGACAAUCUCUGGAGAACCUACAGGUUCGACAUUGAGUUUGUACCUAAUCAUUGUCAGUCGUGAAUCCUCCUUGACCU